CACUCGCUCACCCAGACGUCGCCUACACAAUGCUUCCCGGUGAAGGAGUUCGCUCCCAACAAAGUUUUGGCAGCUCGCACCGUCAGUGAGCGCUCGGCUCCGUGAGCGUCCAAGGAAUGUUGUAACACUAAGGUGCGAAACAAAAGACAACUGCGCGUAAGAAGACACCGCAGCGCUGGCUUCACCCCUCUUUACUGAUAACUAGACAGUGACCGUGCCGCUGAAGGCAGGAUUGAUGGUGGCGGUGCCGUGCAGUAAUUGGACAGUGGAGCCGAAGGCAGAGUGUGAGUGCAUGGGCCUGGGGUCUGCGAGGCUCCUCUGCAUUCUCCCCCUGUAAAGCGUGCCGAGCGCAGCCCCGCUGUGUGCCGCCGGCCCGGCCCGGCCCGGGGCCCGUCAUCACACCUGAGACUUAAAAAAAAGAGACAGCCAGUCAUGAAGUUUUCUCUCUCCUGGGCUCUGCUUCACCUUUGCUGAGGUCGGCUUCACUGUGGUCCCAGCUCACAAUGAGAGUGAAAAGAUGAGUUUGCAGCCCGCAGUUCCUGCCACUGGAUGUUUACUGAUUCAUGCCACCUCCAAGACGACGCCUCCGUCUCCCGGGCUGCGUAUCUGAAGACCAGGCUUUCCUAGUACACGUCGCGCACCAUGGCAGGAGAGACGAAGCAACUGCACCUUGGCACAGCGUUGCACCCGGCACUGCAGGAUGACGGGACAUCCCUGGACCAGCAGAGCUCUCCAAAUGAGUCUUCAGAGCACUUUUCUACCACAGACACUGAUGACAAAGUCAGCAGCAAGGGGCCCAAAGUUGACAAAGCAAAGAGGGAAAGAAAAGGAUCUCAGCGGGAGGCUGUUAUUCGGCCGCAGCAGGCGGGAAAGAUUGAUUUCCGAUCGUUGCAGAACAAAACGAAAUUUUCCGCUGACAGGACGUGGUCGAGUGGCAAAGCCAGUCCCCAGUCCCCAAGUGGUAAAGGCCGGAAUCGGGAGAAGGGCAAACGGUGUGGAAAGCCAGAGCGUGACAACCCACAACCCCUCUACAACCUAAGCAUCACAAACCCACGCUCGAACCUCAACAUUGGGAUUGCCUACCCACAGCAAAAGGUUUCCCCGGCCAAGAAGCUGGAGACCAACGUUCCUGUCUCAGGCAGCUACAGAUUCCACGUGCCCAGUGUGCCGGAGAGAGAGGCAGAGAUGCAACAGGAAGAGUUAAACCACCGUUUCCAGGACGCCUCUUCUCAUUCUCUAACCUCGCAAGGCUUUACCUCACAGUCACUGGGUUCCUCAAGUGGAAUUUCAUCCCAUCAUCAUCUGUCACAACAGCAACCUGCCACGAUGGAGGGCAACACUGGACAGUCUGGCGGUCAGGUCAUCGUGCCUGAAUUUCAGAUGAGUGGCUCCAGCGUGUGGCAGUCUCCUGAACGGACUUUCAAUGGUGCUAGCUACGGCGUUCCUUCACAGAAAUGUGCUGCCCUCAAAGAAAACAGUAAGGGAGGCACAUUUACACCAUUCCAUUAUGCAUAUAACUUUCUGGAAGAAUCCACUUCUGACGCUUUUCCCUGCGAGCAGAACACACAUGUGGACACAGCCGGUUCUGUUCACGUGUCCCAUAAUUCAUAUUCUUUCAUGUCUCGAGACGGGCUCAACGUGGGGCAGAACGGCACUCAGUUCAGCACUGAACACCAAGCUGAACACAGAAGUUCUUACCAUCAUAGCUCACAGUUACAGCGUAUCCAAGGAGGGGCAGCCUCCAUCCAAUGUACAAGGAAUUUAAGUGAGGAUUCAGCCAGUAGUGACAGUUCUGGAUCUGGUUCACAGCAGCUGGAACCGGGAAACAACUCCUUGCCAGAGAACACAGACACAACUGGAUGUGCAGAUGCGGAGGAUGCGGCCAUCACGUCAGGAAGCAAGAGAAUUGGCCAACCCAAAGAUUCAAAUGCAGCCCAAAGGACACCGCUUCAAGGCGGUGCGCAUCGAUCAAGAAACAGCUCCGGAUCCCAAAUCAACUUCCCUAAUAGCAUCCACCCUCCCUCAGUUGCCUUCGAUAACAAUGUCAGUAAAAAGGUUUUGAACAGGCAUCCACAGUCUUGGUGUGCGUCUAGCAAGACCUACUCACCUGCAGAGAACAGAACCACACAUUACCAUGAUAUGAAUGAAAGUCUAAAGUUCCCAAACCAGCCAGCGGUUGACAAAAGGUCCAAUUCCUCCAAAAGUAGCCGACUCUCCUGGCAGCAGAACGCAGUCCCAACUCCAAACCGAAUAGAGCUGUCCAGGCAAAUAAACAAUCAAAAGUGGUCUUACAUGGUUUCUCCCUCGGACGUGCAGGACGACAGCAAGACGCAGAAACACAAUCAACUGAAAAUUCCUGGCCCAUUUCAAAAGGCAAGAUCUGCUGAGGGGUUUUCCAACCAGAGGCAAGAGACUGUAAGGCAUAGUAAUGCUACUUUUAAAAUAGAAAUGAGCCACACACAACUGUGUGAGUCCAAAAAUAAAGUUUAUUUCGGGGUCAACCAGUCUGUCCCAGGUGCUGCAUCAAGAACUUUCACCUAUCCGCCCUUACAGGCUCCGCCCAUGGGUCUCAUGAUGGUGUCACCGUAUGAAUCCCCGCUUCCCUCCCCUGGUCAUAACCAAGCAUCGAGCAGUACGUGCUCCUCUCUGUCCCCAGUGUCCACCAGCCCAGUGAAUAUCAGCGCCGACGAGAGUCAAAUGUCAAAGGCCAAUCCGCCCAACCUCUUCUUCCACCAGCCCCAAACCAAAGCACAGCUGUCCUCAGAGACCUUGAGCUCCCACCAGUUUCACGCCGACCCUCCCCGCAGUCUUCCAACAGAGAGAGCUAAAGAUGACUCCAUGAACUACCUGCAAAACAACAACGCUUCCAAAUCCACGGUCAACAAAGGAUACGUGGACAGCUUCGGUAUCGAGCAUCACCAACCUCCACCCCCAUACUCGGCACAUCAGCUGUUUGCGAAUCUCGACCAGCUAGAUGUUCUCCUGACAUGCAAGCAGUGUGAUCAGAAUUUUAGCAACGUGACCUCUUUUCUGGAACACAAGCAAUACUGUGCACAACACGCCUUUGCACAAAAUGACCUUAAAGACCUAUCAAAGAUAGAAGACAGUCGGAAAAUCCCAGCAGAACCGGCUAAACAACCCUCUGUGUCAAACAUCUCAGCAAGUAGAUGCUCCCCUGACCUUCAUCUGUCUUUGCUCGGCCUCAAUAAAAACGGGGAGUUAAUGUCAGAGAGCGAAACAAAAGGCGAUAAGGAUGAUUCAAUGAAGAUAAACUUGUUUUCGGGUCCAGCGAACGCACCUGCAGCUCUGCCUGAACUGGAACUGGAGGAUGCCAAGUUAGACCGACUCAUCACUGAAGCUUUGAACGGACUCGGGUAUCAAUCUGACAACGCGGAGAUUGACAGUAGCUUCAUCGAUGCUUUUGCCGAUGAUGAGCUCACAACCGUCAAAGGACCCGCAAACAAACAGUCUCUGAAAAGCAAAGAAAUGCAGCCACCAGAGAGCAAAGCCAAACAUGAAGCAGAUAGUCCGAUUACACAAGGAAAGUAUUUCUAUGACUCUGAUGUUGACAGCCCUAAGACAAAUAAAGAUUAUACAGAAAGUAAACUUGAGGAAGCAACUCUAAAUUUAGAGCGAAAGGAGAAAAUUAACAUUAAAAAAGGAGUGUCUCAUAAAAAUUCAGCAGCUUCCCCUGAGGGAAAAACAACAGAACAAGACAGCAAAGUGAGAGGCACUAGAAAACUGGGCAGAAGUGAGGAUGAGAACACAAGUGCCCCCAGGAUUCUCUUAUCCAGCAAGUUCUCUGAGCGCUGUGGUGCUAAAAGCGCAGAGGAGCAUUCUGGACAUGCCACACACUCACACACAUCACCAAAGCACGCAGUGAAAGAGAGCAAGAGGAAAGGAGGUGCCGGCGGCACCUGGAGCAAAGAAAUGAUUCACAAAAUUGUCCAGCAAAAAAACAAAAUCCAGAAGGUCCACGUGAAAGGCAGCAAAAACCUACAGUUCUCUCUGGUGAUGGAGAGGCUGACGCCUCCUGUGACGAACCCGGCGCUCGGAGAAUACGACUACGUCUCCAACUCGGAUGACGACUGCGAGCCGGUUAAAAUCCCGAGCCAGAACAGGAUUAAUCAAAGCAGCCGCUGUAAAUACACCUACACCAAAGAGUGUAAAUGGCGAGCGAGGAAUGAUCGAGACCAGGCGGCGUGGAGACACGAGUCCAAAGAAUGUUUUGAGGUCAAAAGAUGUGAAGAGGUUUCUCUUUCUCCUGAUAAACUGGGGGCUAACCAAAGACUCAAGAGGAGGGGCAGCAGGUCAUCCACAAGCAGUGACCUCAGCGCAUCCGUGAGUGUUUCAAGUGAUGGUAUCAACAGCCCCAAGAGCAGCGACCCUCUUGACUCAGACUGUGAGAAGAAGUCAAACAUGAAAAAGAAAAAUCAGAAAACCUACGAAAGGUCGUCGCCGCAGAAAUUACUCAAAGAGUCCGGCACCUUAGCACUGAUGUUCACCAAAGCUGUGAAGAAGUGUGAUGCAGACAAACCAUCCUUGGUUGUGAGCAGCAGAGACGAAACAGAAACCGCCAAAGCUGUUGACCCUCCGCCACCCGCGCUCAAAGACACAAUCCAAAAAAGCAAAAGCUCAAAGUCAAAAGAGAAACCCGCGACGGGCUGCAAAGAAACGCUGAUGUCAUACAGGGACACUUCAGAGAGACAAAACAAACUGAAAGAGCAAACACAAAUUGAUAGCCUUCCACAGCACUUUGACCUCUCAACCACUGACAAAAACCCAGAUUCCAAUGUCGAAGAAAACACAGCGGCAGGAGUCAGAGAAAAGCCUCGUGCCCCUGAGCUCCAGCUGUCUUUUGAAAAACAGAGCGACAGUGUGUUUGUGGGGAAAGAGGCUGCGGCUUUGGUCGGUGAACUGGACACACACAAACCUGUACCGUUCUGCACCACCUUGAUGAAUGAGACUUGCUUAUCGCCGACCGACGGCUCCUUGAUUCAGAAGGACCCGCUUCACCUCAUGCCGUACCCUCUGGAUCAGGAACAAGGGAUCAUGAAAUCCCCACUUUCCUUUGACACCACAUCAAUGUUUGGGGAACUCACCCCGUUCGACACCGGGCUCUACUCUGACAUGCCACUUCCAAAGGACAAUUUCCAUUCCAUCCAGAAUAUACCUGAAAAGAAGGAAGAAUAUGUUUCUUCCCUUUCGUCUUUCCUGGAACAAAGAGACUGGAACCUGAUUGUCAGCCCAGAACUGCCCGUGGAGAUAUCUCAGUACAAAGAAAACUCUGAGAAAUCGAAUGAAAAGAAAGCAGAUUUCAACCACGUGCCGUUGACCCUGCCUGAGAAAAUCAUUGACUACCCAGUCAAUCUAAACAGCUGUGCUUCAGAGGACGAGCUGGAGAUUAAGAGAAUCGUGAAUGAGCUGGAAAACCAGCUGCAGUCCACCAAGUUGGAGAAGCAGCCGCUGCUGUGCGAGAGCGAUCCUAAGCAAAUGCAAAUGAGCAAGUUUUCGCCGUUAUGCCUGGACGAAGAGUCGCAGAGUGACGGCUCUGAUCUUAGUAGUUCUGUGACAACGUUGCCGUCGGAGCCCUUCACCGAACCGGGAAUGUCAUGGUCCAGUCCAUUCCAGUUUGAGCUCAUGACGGACACCAGCAGCCCUCACUCGACUGUUCAUGAAGAUUCCCUUGAACAUCUCACCAAGAAAGAAUCGGCGCUAACAAGCCCUCACCCAGAGAAUGAUGCUUCCCCUCUUCUCAGUGACUACAAAGAUCUAAAUCCACAGAACGACAAUCCCACUGAAAGCAAAGAAAACGUUUUUGAUCAGCAGCAAUACGCAGAGAACCUGAUGAAAAGCCUGGAGGUGAUCUCUGAUUCUGUCUUCAGCAAAGACGACCCACAAGAAACAAAGUGUCAGAAGUCGACCGAGACGGAUCACGCAACAGAGGCAGUUACGCAAAAUGAUAAUAAAUUGUCUUCAUCAAAUAUCAAUGAGGAGGAAGGGAGUGUUGGAUUCAUUCUUAAUGGCUCUCAAUUGUCUCCCCCUGAUGCUAGUAAACACUCAGUCGAUGCGAAACAGCUGAAGUGUGGUACUGAAGAGGAAAUGAAAGUCGUGUCUGACUCAGAAGUGGUGAAACCUCUCACAGCUUUACAUGAAGAGACUGUGAGGAACAAAGAUCUCACAGAACAUGGUAUGUUGCUGGAAAGUGGACAUCAACCAGAGCAGUCGACCCCCAACCAGGAAGGGGGAACAGAAAUCUCUGUAUGGUCGAGCCAAGGUCCCCCUUCUCCAGCUCCUCACCCUGACGUAGAGACUGAGAUAUCCACAGAUCUGAACCAUAACCACCAGGGGAGACGUUCACCCCACGCUGAUUUGCUAAUCUUCGUUAGCUCCAACAAGACAAUCGAACCUACAAACCAGUUCAUAGAACUUGCCACUGAGAUCUACGCCCCUCCAUCUUCCGACCUAUCAAUGGAGAUCGUGACCACCGACAAGCCCUGCAGUCCCUUACUGGUCGACACAAGUCAUGACAGUUGCUCCACCUAUCAAGAGUUCCGUUCCUCAGAUGAACAAAGUGGUCAGGCAAAGACAAGUGAAGACAUCAGCUGCCCAGUUUAUCCCAUCACUCUGAAAAACGAACUUAGCCUUUCCUUUGGCACUAUAGAGAAACAGGACGAUCUUUUAAACGUGUCCGUUCACAAAGAUCUGCCUGUUGACUUCAUGGAAGGCCACCAAGACUCACAGUGUCAAGAGGACGGUCUGUUUCAACCCAAAAGUCCGUCUAUGAGGAUGUUUCCUACGGAGGUCACACAGGAGCUGGAGAAAGAAGACCACACAGGCGACGUCCGGAGCGCGGCUCAGGAGCACAAAGGCAGCAACAGUGAUUCGGAAUAUGAUGGAAAAUUGAUGAACCCACCCGUGCUUGACUUGGGAAUAACACAGUGUCAAAUUCCAAGCUCCAGAACAUCAACACCCCCACCUCAAGCUGCCACCGUGGAUGCAUCUGGGCCAACAAUUCAGAACCAUGAUUUUGAUCUCAGUUCUCUAAACUACUCAGAUGAGCCUCCUCAGCUACAUCAGUACGACCUUCUACCAAUUUCACCAGCAAAACAAUCCAAGGACAAUCCAGACGUCCAACACAGUCCAAAGCACAACGAAGAGUCUGUUAACUCUGCUGCUAUUUUUAAUACGAAAGCCUGUGACCCCACCGUGGACCCAGAUCCCGCUGCUGGAAUCCAUUCAUCAGUUAAAUGUCCUGAAAUUCGAGAGAACAUCAACAUGGCUUUUGGCUUCUCAGAUGACAUCAAAAGUUCUGAGACCUCGAACGGAGUCCCACCGAUGGAUCUGGAGCUGUGCGAUGAUCAAGUUCAGCCUAAUGCGCUGUUAAGAAAAGACACUUUGCUGCCAAUUAUCGGUGAAAAUAAAGAGCUGCCUCCUCCUCAUGCAGCCGGGAGUCUACCGACGACGGAGGCGAGGCAGAGUUCAACCACACAGAGGAGAACGCAGAGCAUCAAUCAAGACGGUAAUGUUCUGUGUGAAAUCUGCUCCAUGUGUUUCCGGACAGUGCCAGGUUUAAAGAGGCAUAAAGCCAUGAAACAUUUGGUCAAGUCUGAAAAACGCACAGACCAAGCGAACACAACAGUGAGACUCCAAGAUACGACAGUCAAAACAUCUGUGGCUGUUGAGAAACUACCUGAAGCCGAGUCACAGAUCUCCCUGGGAGAGACAGCAGCUUCGGAGAGAAGCGCCAGCGCCUCAGCCAAGAUGUCCGACACAAAGUCUGUCCUGCUGGAAACAGCAACAGAAACGAUGGCAGUGGACCUCGAUAAAAUAAACUCUCCAAAAGAUGUGAUGCCAACGAAGGAAAAAGCAUCAAAGAGGAGGGCGAAAGAGCUGAAGUUCAACCCUUACACUUUCACUGAUGAUGUUCUGAACAGAUUAAAAACAGACAUCCUUCAGGCCAUUACGCCAGAUUUCAAACUCAAUGGACAUCAAGAACCGGGGAAACCCACAGAUGACCUGCUUGAAAUCAACAAUACUCCAGUGACUCUGUCGACUGAAUUAACCGGCGAGGACUCUAAAUCUGACAAAGAAAAGAUACAGGAUGUUCAUGAAGCCGUGGAGCGAAUUGACACGCCCCUUUUUGAGGAGUGCACGCGCAUGUCUGACUUGGCAAUUGAGGAAGUUCCUCUGGAAGAAGUUUUGAAUGCCGAAGAGUCAUGUGACCUAAAAGAAAUAUCGGAAGUCGAUAUAAAAUGCGAAAGAGGCUGCGAAGUGUCAGAAGAGCUUUGUCCUCCGUCUUGUUUGAGCCCUCCCCGACUCUGUCCCCCAAGCACUGAUAUCAAGGCCAUAUUUGACGAUGACACCACUUUCUCUCAGCUAUUUCCAAGAGAUGAGGAGACGAAGAGAAAAAAGUGCCCAAGGGUCUACAGCAAGAAGAACAAAAGACAGAAGGUUUCGCACGACUCGAAUGCAACUCUGGACUUUCUUCCUCCUUCAGAAAACGUCCCACAGAACCAGGCAGACAACACGUUCCCUGAAAAUCAAACAUGCGAAUAUAAAACCAUCUCAAUAGUUGAUACCAUUUUGCUGAAUAUGUGCCACAGCGGUUUGAAACCAGAUGCUGAGUUGGUACCAGAUGUGCCGCUCGGUGACAAAGACGAUUUCCACGACGGUGCAGAUGAACUUGGUAACCCUUCCUUACACCCGCUCCAGAGCACCAUUGACAAAUCUCUGAUUGAGUGGAGUGACAUCAGUGUUUUUGAUUCAAGCUCUGGGGUUACCCAGGACCCCCUUACCUGCAAAGCAGAGGUGCCGACCUCCCCGCUGCUAAUGCAUGCUAGCCCUUUUCCGACGGAACCCUGUAUCACUGGGCCCGGACCAAACUUCCAAAGCAUCGACAUUCAAAAUAUCAACACCACAUUCCAGCUCCCUGACAUUCAAUUCUUCGACGCAAGCAAAGAACUUGCGGCGGCGACCCCCGGUGUUGACAUGGAGACCCAGUCUGACGACAGCUCAAGGAAGCUAGCCGAGCGGCGGGGCAGGAAGAAACAAGAAGGUGGAAUGAAAGUUAAAGACAAGCAGUAUAAGUGCAAAGUCUGCUUCAUGUGGUUCCUCACACUUGGCGAGCUGAACUUUCACAAGCUGUCCCACAACCCAUCUCCACCGCCGACCUGCUACAUGUGCGUCCAGCGCAAGUUCAGCUCAAGGGAGCAGCUGCGAGACCAUCUGAGGGAGAAGCAUGCCAAGAACAAGACUGGCAUCUGGACCUGUGGAAUGUGCUUGAAGGAGAUAUCUGAUGUGUGGAUGUACAACGAACACCUGCGAGAGCAUGCCACCCAGUUCGCCCGCAGGGGUCAGGCGCCCUUUCCAGGUUGCUUCAUGCAGGAGACGGCUGUUAAAAACUUCAUCACCUCAAUUAUGCAGCAUCGGUCCAGCAAAGCCAGCAAAGAGUCGGGCAAAGCCACGAGAGAACAGGACAAGUCUGGAGCUUCUGAAGGCAGCAGGGAAGACGGAAAGUCCUCAAAUGCUCUUGAGCCAAAGCUUCAGAGGCCUAAAAGUAGCACAGCAGGUGGAAGGCAGAACUCUUUAACCCCACUAGAGGUCCUGCACAAGGCCGAAACCCCAAAAAGUGUUGAGAUGCAUCCCAACUGCAAAGACCCAUCCAGAGACUGCCACCACUGUGGAAAGCAAUUCCCCAAACCCUUCAAGCUCCAGCGACAUCUAGUGACUCAUAAUUUGGAAAAGAUCUUCUUGUGCCACAAAUGUCCCGUUUCUUAUCAGGAGUCCCAGGACCUGAAAGAGCACCUGAAGAGAGUGCACGGCGAAGUGGACGAGCUGGACUCCAAACACACGACGCUCUACACCUGCGAGCUCUGCGCCGACGUCAUGCACGUCAUCAAGAAGUCCUUCAUCUGUAGCACCUGCAACUACACUUUCUCCAAGAAGGAGCAGUUUGAUCGACACAUGGAGAAACAUCUGUCGGGCGGUAACACCAUCUUCAAGUUCAGAGGCGUCCUCCGGCCAAUCAGGGGGUCCAGAGAAGAGCACUGUUUCCCGCCCGCAAACAAGAAGAGACGAAUCCGCACUGACAGUCUGCAGGAGAGCAGCUCGGACAGCGGGAUCGCCAGUGAGCACUCAGAGACUUCCAAAAUGUCCGUGUCCAUGUCGGACGAUUCCACUCAGACCAUCGCCAACGAGUACCCCAGUGACACCAACGUAAAGACAGAGGACGAGGACUUCUCCGAGCUGCUCGUGGAACUGAAACAGUCUGUGCAUGUCAGCUCACCAGAGUUGGCAGCUCCCAAAACCGAGGAAGCAGAUUUAGCGCCAUCUAGUUUCGAUCUAGAGGAUGACGGGAUAUCAUUGGUGGAAACGUGUGACGUGAAAGAGGAGGCCGAGCUUGUGGACAUCAGGGUGGAGUCGUGGCCUUCAAAUAGCAGUUUGAUCGGAGAAGGGAACUGUAAGGAAGAGAGCGCACACUCGCCUCAGGCUGGUGAGGACAGUCAUGUUGUUUCAAAGAUGCAGGAAGAAGAUGAUCUCCAGCAGAGCGACGGUGCAACAGUCGAUGAGACUGAACAAGAAGUUGGAGGCCCGGGCGCUGAGGAAAGUCACGAGAACCAGCUGAAACAAGUCAGAACAGCUGAGAGCGUGAGGCACAGCAAGCCGUCAGAUACAUCUCCAGUCCUGCUCAGCAAGGUUUCCCCCAAUUCCUCCCUGAACGAGGAUUCAGUGAGACAACAGAAGAAGCGGAAAGAAAUGAAAUCGACACACAGCCAGCAGAGGCUCGCUUCUCCAACCACCCAAGAGAACUACGACUGGAAAUCCAAGAAGAAGAACCGUGCGAUCAAGAGCUCUAACACCCCCCAGCAGAGAAAGUCUGAUGAGUACCCGGUGCUGUCAUCGGUCCGUGAUGACGUUGUGGGCAACAAGAUCCUUCCCAAGACCAAACCCUCGUCACCCUUCAAACGCAACCUUCAAACGAUGGCCACGCCGCUGAACGGAGACUACAAAAGUAAGAAGGGAACCCCGGGGCGACCUCUUCACACCUCCAUCUCUAAAGCCGCAUCCGUUCCCAUGAACAAUUCCCUGAACAAGUCCAGGCCGAGGUUGGGAGUCAACCAUUCCUACAGGACGGCAGAGUCCCAAAACAACCUCCUGAGUCAGCUGUUCGGCCAAAAACUUACUAGCUUUAAGAUCCCUUUGCGGAAGGACACGUCUGAGUCGAUGAACUGAGCAGAAUCUGUGAACGACAGACUGGACAUUUCACAGUUGUAAAGACAAUUCAUUUUGGUGAAUACGAUUGCACAGCUUUAUUUUCUGUGAAAUGUUUUCUUUACAUACUUACGUAGUCACUUUAUGUCUUAUUUGUACAGAUGUUUUUUUUUUUUUUUCAAAUGUGAGGACAAAGGCAGAUGUUAAUCAAGUAUA